AUGAAUAAAGAAAUUUACUUAUUUUUGAUCUUAUUUAAAAUUGCUUAAGGAAUAACUUAUGAUUCUGGAUUCAAAAAAGGGGUAGACACUACUGACAACUGUGCUAAUUCGUUUUCUACUACAUAAACAAUUUCAUUUUCAGGAUAAUUUUAGAAUAUCCCAUAAGUUUUCAUUAUUUUAUCAAGAUGGGAGAUUGAUAAAACCGAUGAAGUUGAUGUGAGGUUAGAAAUCAAUAGCAUAACAUUAACUAGUUAUUGACAUAAUAUAUAUUUAGAUUUUAAAGUUUAAAUAAGUUGUCCAAAAAUGAGAGUUUUUGUUCUUUAUUUCGAUUGGUAUGCUAUGGAUGAUCAAAGAGUUAAAGUAAUAAACUAAUUUAAUCUUGACAAUCCAACAACCACUUAAACAUUUUCUCAUCAAAAUACUAAUGCUGAAAUUGGUUUUAUAUCUCCAAUAAGCUUUGGAGCUUAAGGUUCACUUGAUUAUACCCUUUAAGUAUUUCUUAAUUUUAUUUAGAUUACAUCAAUAACAUUGACAACUGUAACAGUUGAACUAUCUAAUGUGCCUGGAAAAUUUGAAAAUCUUAAACAGAUUGGAUAUUAGAUAAUAUUAGGAAGAUAAGAUGCAAUUAAUAUCUUAGAAAUUCAAUCAACAAGUUCAUAUAAUAGUGGUAAUAUUAAUAUAUAGACAAAUAAAUGGCUUUUAACUCCAACUGUGGCAAUUAGGAAUCCACAAGAUGAAAAUAUUCGUUUAUUGUAAUAAAAAACUACCACAUCCACAAUUAUUUCUUACACUAUUAAUUCUUGUAAUUAAUUUUAUCUUAAAUUAGGGAGUACUCAUCCAUAUUCACCAAAUACUCAUUUGAGAAUUUGGAUGUCUUUAGUCUCUAAUUAAUAAGCUACUUUUAUGUUAUUGUUAACUGUCAGAAUUUCAUCCAAAUUUGAUUUGGGUGCCAUCACUAGUCCAAAUAUAUAAAUAUAAAUGCCAUAAAUCAAUUAAAGCUAUAGUUCAAAUGGUGUUUACACUAUUUUUGUUGAUAAGACUUAUUCAACAAUUUUCAUCAAUGUUUAAAUGAAAUGUUUCAAUGGAAAAAAAAUUAGAAGUUUUUUUCGCAAAUGUAAUGGUUGCUCUGGAAAUCAGAACUAUCAAUUUAAUCACUUUUGUCAUGCGAAUAUCAAUUUAGUUUCAUAUUUUGCUAAAUAUACUCCAGACACUUCAGCCAAUUAGAAAUUAACAAUAACAAUUUCAGAUUCUGAGAUCUCAAUUGUUCAAGUAGUGCAAAAUUAUGUUUAGACUUAGACUUAGAUAUUACAUAUUUUAUAUUUAAAUGUCUGA